AUUCCAUGACACGCAGCGCUAGGUAAAAUUCUCAUUCCACGAAACAGCGUUAACCAUCGCUUGGCUGGGCCAGCGCGAUGCCGCUUCACUAUCCUCACCUGGGAACGUCGCCACUUAAUGCGCGUCAUGCCACCGAUGACAUCUGCACUCAGUGGCAUGAAGAAGCCGGGCAUCUUCUGAUGUAGACUAUACCGUCGGGGAGAAACUGCAGAAGAGGAAAGAGGACAGAUAUAAAGAAAACAGUCAGACGGCCUCAGCGAAUUCCUCCGGAAUAGAAAAGUGAAGGCAUACAUAGAGCACAUGGUAACAAUAACAGAACUGGGAAGGAAAUCAGCUAAACAAGCUAUGCUUAAUUGAGCACUUAGGGUUUGGUGGAAAUAUUACUGAUGCAUCCUCUAGAUGUGGUGAAGACCAGGUUUCAGAUCCAAAGAGGCGCCAGUGAUCCCCAAAGCUACAAGAGUCUCGCUGACUGUUUCAAAACCAUCUUCCGCAACGAAGGUAUAUACGGCUUCUACAAAGGGAUCCUUCCUCCGAUUCUGGCCGAGACCCCUAAGAGAGCGGUUAAGUUCUUCACCUUUGAACAGUACAAGAAGCUGUUGAGUUUCACCGGUCUCUCCACUGGCCUGGCUCUGUCCGUUGCGGGACUAGGGUCAGGCCUAACUGAAGCCUUGGUGGUCAACCCUUUUGAAGUGGUCAAAGUCAGCCUGCAAGCCAACAGAGAUUCUUUCAAAGUGCAGCCCUCUACGUUUGCCCAAGCACGGAACAUCAUCAACGCAGAUGGCUUUGGCCUCCGAGGUCUGAAUAAAGGGUUAACGUCGACACUGGGGCGCCACGGCGUCUUUAACAUGAUCUACUUUGGAUUCUACUUCAACGUCAAGGACGCCAUUCCUGCCAGACAGGACCCAACCCUGGAAUUCCUGAGGAAGUUUGCCAUCGGCCUAGCCUCAGGUACCAUCUCUUCCUGUGUCAACAUUCCCUUCGACGUGGCUAAGAGCCGUAUCCAGGCUCCCCAGCCCACACCGGGAGAGAUCAAGUACCGGACCUGCUUUCAGACCAUGGGCCUGGUGUACCAGGAGGAAGGAUUCCUGGCUUUAUACAAAGGGUUGAUCCCCAAAAUAAUGAGGCUUGGACCAGGUGGAGCCGUAAUGCUGCUGGUGUAUGAAUACGUAUCUGGGUGGUUAAAUCAGAACUGGUGAGAAGAGGCCUGCCGGCCUGUCUUAAUGUGCCCACCAGGCAGCCCACUGAAGUUCAUCAGCCAACUGCCUUAAGAGGCCCACAGUCUCAGGGUAAAGCCCCAACAAGCCUCUCUGACUCUGACCUCCAACCGACUGAGCCAGUCUUUGGUCAUCCUAUUUCUACAACCAUUGAAAAACAGGAAUACAACCGUAAUGCACAGCUUCUGCUGAAGGCUGACCAUGUAACCUGUACAUCAUAAGGAACGUUUGGAGUCCACUAUACUCACUCGCAGCCAAACAGUAUUCAACCCCCAAACAUCCCGAUCUCACACACACACACACACACACAAGCAUCAAAAACAAGCACCAGGACCCUCAAGCCACACCCACAGUCUUUUAACUAACAGGAGAUUUCAAAUAUCAUGGAAUGAAUUAAAAAGCUGGAAUUUUUAUACACUAAAAUUUACAAAUCACCAUAAAAAAGGAUAGAGACGGAAAGGUUUUUAAAAGCAAUGUGCCUGAAAUAUUUUGUGCUUUUUUAAUGUCUUUUUAAUGGAUAAUCUUUUGUGCCUAUGAAAUCACAUGCUUUUUUUGCAGCAGCAGAUUAAAA